UGCUGGGUGAUCCCAACUUCCGGUGAAAGGGGAGAAGAUUACUCUCAGCAGGCCCUUCGUACACUAACCUGUGGGUUGUCGAACCGGGUCUAGAGUACAAAUCAUGGCUUUGUGAGGGCAAACAACCGUCCAAUCAAGACAUUUAAAGUAAACAGAAGAUUUCAGCUUUGGACUUUACCACUUACUUGGAGCUACACCGCCAAAGCCACAGGUUUGAGUGUUACUCCGCGACGGUCAGAGCUAGUCAGCUAGCUUCCAGGGCAGUCAAACGAGAACCUCCAAAUUAGAUUCUGGUGUCUGUUUCAACAUGUCAACCGCCGGGUUCAACUCCCAGAAUGGAACUGGGACGGCACAGACCUACACGAAUGGUCCAUCACAGAAUCCAGUCGCUCUGCAGCAGCCGCCAGGGUUGGGAUAUGGCAUGAACCAUCAGCCAGCCUAUCAUCCAAUGCAGGCCAAAGGUCCUGUACCCCCUGGUCCUGGCAUUCACACCUUUGGACAGUAUCAGCCCACUCCCCCUGUUAGUUCUUAUCAGCCUGGCCCACAGCUCAGUUCCUAUCCCUCUGCUCCAGGACAGCCAAUGUUGUCUAGGCCUCAAAUGGGAGGUCACCCACCCAACACCCCUCCUCAGUCUGCCAGCCCUGUUCCCAGGUUUCCUCCGGCACAGGCAACACCACCUCCUCCUUCUACCAGCUACUACUCAAACCCUCCACAGCCAGUGGCUCCUGCAUGGCAGUAUAAUGCAGCUCCUCCAGCCAUGGGGCCAGCCUCCCCUCUGAGCACACCUCCCAGGGGCCCUGUUCCCAAUCAUGUGAAUCCAGCUGCAAGCUUGGCUGCACCGUUGCCACCGGCGUCGGCUCCUUUCAGCUCUGCCCCACCGCCCCACUUGUCCCAUAGUGCCGCCCAGCCCUCAGGUCCAGGAGCCCCCCCCACUUCUAUACACGGAUACCCUCAGCCAGGCUCUGCUCCUCCACCAAUGAACCCGCUGGCCCCGCACACAUACCAGCCUAACAGACCUGCAUAUGGUCCUCCACCAACAGGACCCCCACCGGCCAUGAAAGCCACGCCACCCCCCACUGGACCCCCAGUAACCAGUGGCACGCCUCCUCCUCCCAAAGCAGAUGCUCAGUGCUGGGACGCUGGCAACAGCGCUCUUUCUCCCACUGAGCCCGACUUCCAGGAAGGAGAUGUUGAAUGUCCAGGAAAUGUGGCAGGGAAUGGCCCACAGGCACCAAACAGCUAUAAUCAGGUUGACAACAGAAUGGCUGGUCCGACUCAGCCUGGCCCACCUGGUCGACACUUGGGUCACUACCCCUCCCUCCCUCCUGGGUACCAGAACACCUCAGCUCCCCCUGGCGCCUCCGGCUUUCAUCCGUCAGUUCAAGCUGCCCAGCAGCCUUAUACUCAAGGACCUCAGCCAUACCAACAGCCUCCUGGUGGUCCAGGUCCAGCCCAGCUGAGCCCAUCACUAGCAGCCAUGAGCCUCCAGUCAAACACACCUGAGGCUCUGAGGGUGGUCAACCUUUUGCAGGAUAGAAACCUGCUGCCCCCAACCCCAGUUCCUGCCCCCACACCCUGCCUCACCCAGGACCUGCAGAAACUCAACUGCAGCCCAGAGGUCUUCCGUUGUACGCUGACAAGCAUCCCUCAGACUCAGUCUUUGCUCAAUAAGGCUAAAUUACCAUUGGGUCUGCAGCUCCACCCCUUUAAAGACCUCUCGCAGCUUCCUGUGGUGACAUCCAGCACCAUAGUCAGGUGUCGGUCGUGCAGAACCUAUAUCAACCCCUUUGUCUCCUUCCUGGACCAGAGGAGAUGGAAGUGUAACUUGUGUUAUCGAGUAAAUGACGUCCCAGAAGAGUUUAUGUAUAACCCAGUCAGCAGAUCCUACGGCGAACCACACAAAAGACCAGAAGUCCAGAAUGCCACUAUUGAGUUCAUCGCUCCUUCAGAAUACAUGCUGAGACCACCACAGCCCGCUGUUUACCUGUUCGUCCUGGACGUUUCUCACAACGCCGUGGAGACGGGUUACCUGAACGUCUUCUGUCAGUCUAUGCUGGAAAACAUCAAUGCGCUUCCUGGAGACUCGCGGACAAAGGUUGGUUUUAUCACCUUCGACAGCACCAUCCACUUCUACAACCUCCAGGAGGGACUUUCACAACCACAGAUGCUCAUUGUUUCUGACAUCGAAGAUAUCUUUCUACCAACACCAGACAGCCUUCUAGUAAACCUCAAUGAAAGCAAGGAGCUUGUGCAGGAUCUACUGAAGAGCCUGCCAAAUUUAUUCGAGAAGACGAUGGAGACCCAGUCUGCUCUGGGUGCUGCUCUGCAAGCAGCCUUUAAGUUGUUGUCUCCAACCGGAGGGCGGAUGUCCGUCUUCCAGACCCAGCUCCCCAACCUGGGUGCUGGGGCCCUGCAGUCCAGAGAGGAUCCCAACCAGCGAGCUUCUGCCAAGGAUGUCCAGCACUUAUCCCCAGCAACAGAUUUCUAUAAGAAGCUGGCCCUGGACUGCUCUGGCCAGCAGGUCGCGGUCGACCUGUUUCUGCUCAGCGCUCAGUACUGCGACCUGGCCUCGCUCGGAUGCAUAUCCAGGUAUUCGGCAGGAAGCGUUUAUUACUACCCCUCCUAUCACCAUCAGCAUAACCCAGCUCAGGUGGAGCGCUUCCAGAGAGAUCUGAAGAGAUAUUUAACACGGAAAAUCGGCUUUGAGGCAGUCAUGAGAAUACGUUGCACCAAAGGUUUGUCCAUCCACACGUUCCAUGGAAACUUCUUUGUGCGUUCCACGGAUCUGUUGUCCCUCCCCAACGUCAACCCGGAUGCUGGCUUCGCUGUUCAGAUGUCCAUCGAGGAAAACCUGGAUGACAUGCAGGUGGUUUCCUUCCAGGCUGCUUUGCUUUACACCUCCAGCAAAGGGGAAAGAAGGAUCAGAGUGCACACCAUGUGCCUCCCUGUUGUAAAUUCUCUGUCGGAUGUCUUCGCUGGAGCUGAUGUUCAGGCCAUCACUGGACUGCUGGCCUGUAUGGCUGUGGACCGCUCAGUGACGGCUAGUCUGAGUGACGCCAGAGACGCGAUGACCAACGCUGCCAUCGACUCGCUUUCUUCAUACCGACAGUCUGUGCUGACCAUCCAGCAGCCGGGCUUGUUGGCUCCAGCCUGCCUCCGACUCUUCCCGCUCUACAUCUUGGCUCUGCUCAAACAGAAAGCCUUCAGGACAGGAACCAGUACCAGACUUGAUGACCGUGUGUUUGCCAUGUACCAGCUGAAGUACCAGCCGUUGGCCUUUGCCAUGUUGAUGAUCCAUCCUUCUCUGUAUCGUGUCGACGACCUGAGCGAUGAGGGAGCCCUAAACGUGAACGACCGGACCAUCCCGCAGCCCAGAGUCCUACAGCUGUCAGUGGAGAAGCUCAGCAGGGAGGGAGCCUUCCUCAUGGAUGCUGGACUUGUGAUGUACCUUUGGAUCGGACGCAACUGCCAGCCUAACUUCCUCUCACAGGUCCUGGGGGUUCCAAACUACUCUGCUGUGCCUGAGAAAAUGGAUAUCCUCCCAGAGCUGGACACUGCAGAGUCACAGAGAACCAGAGCUUUCAUUGGCUGGCUCAGGGAUCAGAGGCCGUUCUUCCCCUCCCUCCACAUCAUCAGGGAUGAGAGCCAGCUGAAACCCAUCUUUAUGCAGAACAUGAUUGAAGACCGAACGGAGUCGGCGCUGUCAUACUAUGAGUUCCUUCUCCACCUCCAACAGCAAAUCUCCAAAUAAUCAGCAGUGUGUUGAAAAGGGGCCAUCUUGGACGUGCGGCGUGUGUAUGAGCCUGUGUGUGUGUUUUGUUAGGAUGUAUGAGCGUGUGAUACAGCAGAAAGUGUCCCGCUCUAUGAAGCCUUCUGCGCCUCCUCCAGCUGUCAUCUCUUAGUAGAACCCGAUUCUGGGACGGACGGAGCGACGGACAUCACAGGCUUGAUUCUGAUCAGGCCUGGCACUUUUUGGACUGGCUGUAUCAGUAUGUUGGGAGACGAGCAGUAGAGAGACGUCCAUGAUGAUUAUAAUGUUAAUCGAACGAAUCAGUGUUUUUCUUUCUUUUCCUCGUAGAACAAUGCGGUCAAACUGAGGUAUCGUUCAAAUGCAGCACAGGCAGAAAGAUGUCUUCAGUGUUUUUGUUCCAAAAGCACAUUUGUCUUCACUAACAAAUCAAACUGGGGUGGAUAUGAAUAUAUCUGCUGUGAAUGGGUUUGUGAGGAAGGUUGGCGCUAAGACACAUCUGAGCUGAACAGUCUUUAUGUACCCAAAGGAGAGUGUUUUCCUUUUUCUAAUGUCAUUAUAAUCGUGUGUUGAACAAAUGCGUAGACUCCUUAGCUGAAGGUGGAAGGACCCGGCUGUCUCCGCUGCCUGGAAUGUGUAGAAGCAGCAGCAGCAGCGGAAAAGAUCGGUCUUUCAGAAACUCCUCAGUCAUCCUUUCUCUAUGGACUUUCAGAUCACCUCUGAUGACUUUGCUGUUCUGUUUAUUUCUUCAUUUUCUGACUGUUUAAUUUAUGAGACUCCCAAUCUGAUUAAAUUCUUUAAUUGCCUUGUAUGGGAACUCACUUUUUAUUAUUAAACCUCUGUUUAAAUACUGACUAUAUAUGAAAUAUUUUAAUAUAAUAGGAUGUGGGAUAUCUUUAACACAGGCAUAACGAAGCCAUUCUGAUCUUUUAAUCCUGCUUAUUGAUACUUGUGUAUUGAACAGACUUCACUAUGUAAAGGAGAAUAAAUGCUGAUUUUAGUAUAAAUAAGAAGUUGAAAUGAAUGCUAAGAAAAUAAACAGUUUGGGACUUUUUACAUGUAGUAUGUGUUUUAGUCUAAGCUUUUUUUUUUUGGUUCUUUUUUUUUGAGCAAUGUUCCACAUAUGCGACAGAGCCAAGGUUUCUGACUCGGACUGAUUCUAUUUUUUUGUGAUGAAUAUUAGUUGCUUUUCAUAAGAAUAAACUGGUCUAUAACUUUCAUGACAAAUUGUAAUA